AUGCCGAUUAGAGAAUCUGUGAGCCUGGACAGCUCCCCUGGGCAUCUGACCCUGUACUUUAAGUCUCUCGAGGAACUCGACUCAUGGACAGAAACUCCGGUGAAGAAACUGACAUCUCCCUUGAAAUACUAUCCACGCAGGCCAGGGGCCGAACCAAGCUCUCGGGGAAAACUUCUGGUAUGUCACGAUUACAAGGGAGGAUACACUGAGAGCCCGUUCGCACUCUCGUAUACGUUCAACUAUUGGUCGGCAUGCGAAAGCUUCAUCUAUUUUUCGCAUCACCGCGUUACGAUCCCCCCACAUGGUUGGAUAACCGCCGCACAUCGACAGGGGGUUAAAAUGCUAGGCACCCUUAUUUUCGAAGGAGGCGCAGAAGCAGAUUGUCUCCGUCUCCUCGUAGGCAAGCUUCCAAAGUCAAGUACUGGACCUGCAGUCCAUCACGCAAGCCCGUCUUCUAUCCCGGUAUCGCAUCAUUAUGCACGGGUUCUUGCAGAGCUCGCCGAAGAAAGAGGGUUUGAUGGAUACCUGCUUAACUUUGAGUGCCCUCUGCAAGGUAGCUUUGAGCAGACGAGAGCGCUUUCCACGUGGAUCACCAUGUUGCAAUCUGAAAUGCGUGACAAGGUUGGACCUCAUGCGGAAGUGGUAUGGUAUGACAGUGUCAUCGUAUCGGGACAGCUCGCUUGGCAAGAUAGACUCAACAGUCUGAACCUGCCUUUCUUUUUAUCCUCGCAAUCUUUCUUUAGCAACUACACAUGGCGGAAUGAUUAUCCGGCCCUUACGGCGCAGUAUUUUAUCAGCCUGGAUCCUGCUCUCAUUGAGAGCCAAAUGGAUUUCUCGAACAAGACUCUUCAGGACAUUUAUAUGGGUGUCGAUGUUUGGGGCCGAGGCAGCCACGGCGGCGGAGGCUUUGGCUCCUACAAGGCGCUCGCCCACAUAUCCCCAGAUUCCCUUGGGCUGAGCGUCGCUCUCUUCGGCCAAGCCUGGACCUGGGAGUCCGAACAAGACAAACCCGACUGGACCUGGCAGCAGUGGUGGGAUUACGAGCGUACACUCUGGGUUGGAACGACGAACAACGACGAGGUGCCAGUGCCUGAAGCUCCCAACCGUCAGGGUGAGCCUGAUUGCACGCACGGCCCUUUCCUCCCUAUCGCAUCUUUCUUCGCACAUCAUGCACCGCCCGAUCCCGUGCGCCUCGCCCUCUACACCACCUUCUCGCCGGGUGCAGGCCAUGGGUGGUGGGUCAACGGCGUCAAAGUCUUCGAGAGCGAGAAAGGGUGGACCGACGUCGGUAAACAGACGAGCGUUGGGGACCUCGUAUGGCCCCGACCGGCAAUUUCCUGGGAGGGUGAGGAUGAGGGACUGCUGUUUGGUGGGAAGAUAGAGGCGGAGCCGUCUAUUUGCAUGGACGACGCUUGGAACGGGGGGAGCUCUCUUCGGUUGUCGCUCACGGACCAGGGGGAUCCCUCGGUGUACCGCUGCAUAUGGCUACCGGUACAAUCGCUUGCGCUUACCGCGCAAACCACCUACCAAGCUACUGCGGUUUACAAGCUUGACGCCGCCGCUGACCUAGAUGUUAGUCUCUCUGUCAAGUCUUCUACGGAAGACAGCGCUAUCAUCACACCCCAGAUUGAAAAUGAUACCCCGCUUGCACAGGGAUGGGUGAAGCUCUCCAUACGAUUUUCCGUCUCCUCAUCAUCAUCCUCCGCAUCCAUUGGCUUAGUUAUAGCGAUCGUCACAGAAGGUCCAUCACAGUCUCUCGCUGCGUCCUCCCUCCUCUUAGGUCAGCUGAACGUGUUCAGGGCACCCUCGCCCUCUCCAUCGUCCGCUCCAAUGGUCCUCUGGGCGGACUAUUCCCCACAAGAUAGGAAACUCACCUGGGAAGUCGCCGCGUCUCUUCCGGUCUUCGUCCAACGCCCGCUUACUUCCCCCGAAGAUCCUGUCCCACUAUGGGAUAUGCAGCCAUGCCGGGUCCCGUCUUUCCUGUACUGCAACAUAUACGCUGCUCCCUUUUCAUCGGCGACGUAUGCUGGGAGACCAGAGGAUGCGACGUGGAUCGGCACGUCUGGGUACUCGGGAGAUGCAAAGACCUUUAUUGUGGAGAGUCCAGUCAGGACGAGGACGAGGUUUUAUGUUCAGGGUGUGACUGAGCAUGGGGAGGUGGUGCCUUGGGAAAGAUGUGUCUUUGUAGAUAGUCCUCCCGAUGAUGGGAAGUAG